AUCGGCAUUUAUAAUUCCACCCCCACCCCCACCCAAAUCCAAAUCCAAAUCGUCCUGCGAAAAUAUCUAAAUAUGUUCCUUGUCCGUUGGCAUGCCACACAAAUGUUAAUUCGAUUAAAAUAUAGACAACAUGAAGAAAUCACAAUUUCAAAUUCUGCCUGUGUCACGUCUGCCUCAUCACCCAGAAGAUUUUCCUCUGUAUCAUUGUAAUCUGUGUGUAUCGUCAAGAUCGUCAUCAUGAGUGAAGAAGGAGCAGCAGCAGGGGGUGCGGCAGGUGAGGGUGGUGCAGGGGAUGUUGAAGAGUUCGUGUUGGAGACAGCCCCUUUCGACCCUCGUUUUCCGAACCAGAAUCAGACCAAGCACUGCUACACGAGCUUUUUGGACCACAAACGAUGCGUCAAAGCUAGAGGAGAGGAAUUUGCUGCGUGCGACUACUUCCGACGCGUGUACACAUCCCUCUGUCCAAACGCGUGGGUGGCCAAAUGGGAGGAGCAAAUCCAGGCGGGGACCUUUCCAGGAAAUAUUUAGUAAAAUUUGAUCUGUACAAAUUUCGAUAAUCAUCAUGUCAUUCAAAAUUGUACCGUCUCUUUAAUCUGGCUUUACAUACUUGUUAAACAAAAUAAGAAUAUGAGCAUUUGUUAUGAUUGAGUAGUAGAAGGGAAGCAUA